AGAGCACUGAACUAACUUGCAACUCUGUUUUUCAACUUCUAGAAAACAAAAGAACCAAAAGAUACUUCAAUGGCGCAAACUACAGUCACUGUAGUCGCGACCAAACGCGAUGCUCUUGAUCCUUACAUCAAGAUACUUCAGAAUCGAUCAAACGAUAUCGAUGUCUCCUUCUCAUCAUACCUCAAGCCAGACAACAACGGACAACAACAAAAGGAGAAUGAAGAUACUGAGCUAAGCAUCUUCGAAGCUCGCAGUUACUUUAGCGAAAAUGGAAGCAACGAUGGAUGCCAGACGAGGAAUCUAAGUGGUCCAAGAUUCUCUUCGGUUUCAUCUGCAAAAGUGUCUUCUUUUACCGUGGGACAAACGGCAUCUUCUGAAGCUAGCUGGAACAGCCAAACCGGUUUGCUCUCUAACAAAAACCGCCAAGGAUCGGACCGAGAUGGUCGUAAAAGCAGCAAGAAAGGACCCAGAUGGUUUUUUAGACGCAGGACUUGUCCCUGUUCUAGCUCUAAGUCUGUUCAGGUCCAAGAAUCCAAACCAAGAAUCGCAGUGCCCAAAACCGGUUCUGACAGAGUCGUGUCGAACCGAAUCGUUCAUAGUCAUCAGACUAUAUCUUCGCCAGAGCCAAUAAGAUUAACGAUCCCUUCAAACACUGUGACUCGGUCCAUCGACUACGCUGCAAACAGAGAAGCAAGAGCUCCAGUUACUAAUUUUAGCUUCCCAACUCUAAACGAAACUUCACAAUCAUCAGAAAAUCCCAAGAAUCCGGUUUUGAAUCAGAUUAAACCGGUUCGCAUUGAACCGGUUCAGCAUCCGAUUAAACCGGUUCUGAAUCCUACGAGUCCCAAGGGAGUCAUCAUAGACGAAGAAGCCACGAGCGACGCUAGCUCCGAUCUUUUUGAGAUAGAGAGCUUCUCUACUCAACCAGCAGCUCGUCCAUGGGCACCACCAGUACGGGUCUCGAUGGACGAGACCGUGUCUGAGUACGGUUACGAGCCAAGCGAAGCAAGUGUUACUUGGAGCGUCAUGACCGCCGAACCGGCCUCCGCGGUUGCAGCUAACUUCUCAAGAAUCGCCUUGUCGUCCUCGUCGACGGCGUUUAGUGGUUACGAUAAGAGGAGAACCGGUUUGUUGAACUGUCAUUGUGAGAAGGCGGUUAUGGUUAGUGACGUUCAAAACGACGUCGUGGGAAAGGUGUUGUGCAGCAAUGGCAAUUCUAAACUAAGCGUGGCGAGUAGACCAAGGCAAUGAUGGAUACCAAAUCUUAGUUCUUGGUUUAUAUCUGGUUUACUCCAUUAUCUUGGUGUUUUGGGUGCUUCUCGUGUAAAAUUGCUCUGUUUUUUUUUUUUUGGUUAAUAUAACUUGUGUAAUGAAGAUUGUGGUUUGUG